UUUUGCAUCAAUCUUGGUUACCGUUUUGUUGUAUAUUCUCUUUUGUUGUUCGUUGUACAAUUAAACAAUGGCAAGUUCAUCGACGAUAGUGCGCAGCAUCCUUGAGGAGGUCAUUUCCAAGGUUUACAGACAUUGUAGUACUGAGUACAGCGUUGCCAAAAAACAGAAAAAUAUGUCCACCGCUUUACUCGGAGCUUCUGAUGAAAAAAUAAUUGCAAAACGUGAUCUCUACCAGGAGCAGACUAUAGAAGCAAAGAAGAUAUUCCACAGAGUUGCCCGGGAGACGGUCCGGGAUUUGAUUAUUCUAGCUACCAGACAGGCUACCGCAAGCUCAAACAAUGGACAGUUGACUAAAACUGCCCAAUUCCGAUUCGCGAAUGAUGAAGCACAAAAGAAUGCACACAGGGUGGACAGAAAGAGAGUGAAAAUACAAAAGAAUCUGCAUGUUAAAGUCACGAUUGGAUCAGAAAUUGUCCAAUACACACUCAGAUGCCCGGCCAAUCGUGCAAUGGUUGCAGAAGGAAACAUGGCGGCGAUACAGAAAUCUAAUGAAGCCCAAAGGGAAAUAACCGCAAAGGCAAAGCCAUUGUACACAGCUGCAGAGAAAACUGCCAACGAUCCGAUGAUUCGAGCAUCACGUGACUGUAAUAUUCGGGCCCCUGCUGUAGUUGAUCUACAUAAACCAGCCCCGGUACAAUACAACGACAGCUUAACGACAUCAUCUGCACCAGAUGCAAGCGUUGAAAUAGAGGACGAUCCCGAGCCAAAAGGCUGGAGAAGAUUACUGUGUUGUGGCAAACCAGAGAAAAAACAGUAUCACAUUCACAUUCUCAUACCUGCCUGUGUUAGAAAGACUCCUGAAGCGAACCUCCACAAAAUCCCAACAGAUCCUCCAACAUGGAAAUCCAAAGGAUCCAACAAAUU